UUCUCCAGCAGCUGUGAAGUUGGACCUAUGUGGUAUCACGCAGUAUCAGCGAGCAGGAGUCGGCCAAAAUGUGAGGGGAAAGCAGCCAUACACCACUUUCUGAUGGUGUGCAGUGGAAAAGUGUAGCAGAUCUCAAAACAAUGCGUAAAGUUGUUGUUACGCAGCAGGGACGCGCCAUAUUCUAUGCGUAAAAGUGAGCCAACGAGGACAGAAGUGAAACUUCAGCGGUGGGUGAAAUGUUUUCUCGGAUGCGAUGGAUGCGUCAUUGAGCCUUUGGGACGUAAAGAAAAGCUGACACUGUAAGGAACAAUCAUUUCGAGCUUUACAGUUGAUGUUCGCUUUCCAGGGUUUGGCGACAGCGCCGGAGCGGAGCGCGCAGCGGAGUAAUGCUGGACAGUUACUAAGCCGUCUGGAGAACUCAUGAUUUGAAUUUGUCUGGACUGCAGACUUUAUGUAAGAAGUAGGACAAGCAUAACACCGCCCAGCUAGCUCUUUCCGUCAUGCGUAGAGACGCGUUGCCCAGCAUCUUGACGUUAUGACAGACAUCAGCUUUGAACGUUAAAUUCUACAGAAAGUUGCAGCUAGCUGAUGCCACAACUCCAGCAAGAGUCAGUGGAAAGUUUUGUCGUUUACAUCCUUCUGUCUACCUCUUCUCAACAUGGACGAGAGUGUUGAGUCUGCUGCGGCGGACAGCUGCUCGGACGGGGAGAGCAUCAACCUCAGCGUGCUCAACUGGGAGCAAGUUCAGCGGCUGGACACCAUCCUAACCGGCUCCAUUCCCAUCCACGGACGGUGGAGCUUUCCCACUCUGGAGGUGAAGCCGCGGGAUAUCGUGAAGGUGGUCCGGAGCCGCAUGGAGGAAAAGCGGAUACAAGUCCGGGAGGUGCGACUGAACGGCUCUGCGGCCAGCUACGUCCUGCACGAGGACAGCGGUCUGGGAUGGAAGGAUCUGGACUUAAUAUUCUGCGCUGAUCUGAAAGGAGAGAUGGAGUUUAAAAUAGUGAAAGAUAUAGUUCUGGACUCUCUUCUAGACUUCUUGCCCGAGGGAGUAAAUAAAGAAAAGAUCACUCCAGUGACCCUAAAGGAGGCCUAUGUGCAGAAGAUGGUGAAGGUGUGCAAUGACUCAGACCGCUGGAGUCUAAUCUCCCUCUCCAACAACCGUGGCAAGAACGUGGAGCUGAAGUUUGUGGACUCUCUUCGACGGCAGUUUGAGUUCAGUGUGGACUCCUUCCAGAUCCGCCUGGACUCACUUCUCCUCUUUUACGAAUGCUCAGAGCACCCCAUGGCUGCCACUUUCCACCCCACAAUUCUUGGGGAGAGCGUCUAUGGCGAUUUCCCCACUGCCCUCGAUCACCUGCGCAAGCGUCUCAUCUGCACGAGGAGCCCAGAGGAGAUUCGAGGCGGGGGUCUACUUAAAUACUGCCACCUGCUGGUGCGUGGUUUCCGUGCAGCUUCUGACAGUGAGAUGAAACUGCUGCAGCGCUACAUGUGCUCGCGCUUUUUCAUAGACUUUUCUGACGUGAGCGAGCAGAGGAGGAAGCUGGAGUCCUAUCUGCAGAACCACUUUGUAGACCUGGAGGACAGAAAGUAUGACUAUCUGGCCACGCUGUAUGAUGUGGUGCAGGAGAGCACGGUGUGCCUGAUGGGCCACGAGAGGCGUCAGACGCUCAGCCUCAUCUCUUCGCUGGCACUGCGGGUUCUGGCCGAGCAGAACGCCAUCCCCAACGCUGCCAAUGUCACCUGCUUCUACCAGCCGGCUCCUUAUGUUUCAGAUGGCAACUUCAGUAACUAUUACGUAGCGCAGGUUCAGCCUGUCUACCCCUGUCCUCCCUCGCCUCCUCAGCAUUACCUUUCUCCCCCGCAACAUCCCAUGUACGCCACGUGGCUGCCCUGUAACUAAACUUUGUGUACCUUCUUGCACUUUUGCGUAACUGGUGGAACUCAUAUCCCCUUGAAAGGGAUGAAUGAUGAUCUUUUUUUUCUUCUUUGAGAUGAGAAAUUGAGGGAAAUGGAACCAGGAUCAAGGCAGUAGGCCAGAGAAAGGCUUUUCUUAGCAGGAGCACACAGGGAGAGAUCGUAAUGAGAGAGGCUGAUCCAUCAGUUUUAGGGUUCCAUCAUCAGUGCUGAGAACGAUUUUAGUAGACCAAACCACAGCUCGGCCAACAGCCUGUGAGUUACAGCUCACAGGAACUCACAUUUAAAAUGAUGAAAGUGCAUAAUGUCCUCGUCCUCUUCAAAUUAAAAACCAAAACAGACUUGCUAAAAGCCACAGCGAGUAAUAGAGGACACACAUAGCGUGCUGAAGACUGGAUUUGUGUCAAACAAUGGCAACCUUUCUGACUCCUUUUUACAGACGAUGCAAAAUGAGGAACUGGAUACUGUUUACAAAUCCAAAGAUCUACUUAAUUGAUAGUUGAUACUCAACUUUAUCUGAAUUCUGAGGAAAAACAACAACAACGAAACAAUGCAUGCUUUAUUUCUGUACAGGAAUAAUUUUCUUUAAGUGCCUAGAUAAAGCCUAAAGGGAAGAGAUAUUUUGUGAUUCUUUAUCGUAGAGAACUCUUGAGUUGUCUGACAUUUUCAGUGAAUGAUAAUGAAUGUCCUGUGGAACAGAUAGUUUACUUACAGUAUGCUGAGGUCUCUUACACCGAGGAAGGUUUUGGACCAACUAAUUUUUGACAUUGUUUAGUUGAAGAUUCUGUUCUUAUCUGCAGUCCUGCUGGAUGAACGCACAUCCUGAUUACUAAGAGGAAGUAACAACAUAAUCUCAUUAUCUGUAGAGAGAAGGGGUGGUGGAGGUUGGAUCAAAAAUGCUUACGAGAGUAAAACAGAUCAGAAAUUUGACAUAAAUGUACAGAGAAUGAAAGGUUUUGGCAGCAGGAGAGCAAAUGAGAGCGAAUAACAGCUCUUAUCUGCAAUUUUGUUGGAUUGCAAAAUAAGGUAGUCCAGUGAACAGCUUGUUAAAAUCACAGAAAUGAAAUCCAAUCAUCUGUCAUCUGAGAUGAAAUGCUACAUAAUGAAAAGUACUUGAAUUUGUAAAAGGUUUGUCCAUAAAGCAUUUCAAAAUGCAAUUUCAACACAUGCAGUCCUUUAUCAAAAUCAAUUUCAGCUACAUGCUCAAGCUUCCUUAAAGGUGCCUUGUGGGGUUUUCUUGUAAAAAAAAAAAAAAAAGUUACGUUUAAAUUUACUUAGUUACUCACCCAAGAUACCCAUCAGUGUUAUCCACACAUAGACUUUACUUGGGUGGGCCACCAAAGUAUAUCUGUCAACCCAUUUUAGCGUUUUUUAUUUUAUUUUUUUAUCCGUCCGAGAGAACGAUUCCAAUCCGCGAUUGAUUAACUGGUGGAGGAUCUCUCCUCGCUCUACCCCCUCUGUGCAGUCUAUUGACAAUUGCUCUGCAGAGAAACUUCUCUGGUAUUACAUUAGAAGAGCUGCUGGGAAAACAGAAACACGAAUUGUGUUUUUUGGGCGACUGCUGACGAAGAAAGUCAACAUAGCAGACAGAUACAGGGAGAGAGAAACCGAGACGGUCCGGGCGAGGCAAGCCGUGCACGCCCACUCCUACCGCACACACACUGUGUGUGGUAGGAGUGGGCGUGCACGUGUGGAGAAAAGAAAGAGAACUGAAGGGAAAAGCAAGGUAAGCAGAUCUAAGUAGUAAACGUUAAAAUAAAAUGGAUAAUUAAGGAAAGUUAAAAUGGUGAUAUAAGAAAUAACAUACUAUAAAGAGGGUCCUCAUAAAACAUUUGAUCAAGCAUAUUUUUACUAAAUUUUAAGGUGCAUUAGUAAGCUUCUUGUGUGUUACAGUGGAAUAGCAGUGAAUGAUGGCGGGAUAUAAACCACUGCAUGGUUGCACCUGGGCAAGUGAGUCCUCGUAUGCACGAAAUAAUACAAACAAAUCGGGGGGGCCCACUUGGAAAAAUUAUUUCUCCAAAGUGCUACUACUGGUCAAAAACUCCACAGCUUUAAGUUUCAGUAAAACAGAUAUGCAGUGUGUUUGAAAUGCUUUUUGAAACAAGGACAACCCAAAUAUAUUACACUGGAAAGUGUUAAUAGACAUAUAUAGAUAUAUUAAUUUGAUAUCUUCUUAUUAUCAAAUAUAUUAAAUUGUCUUUUUUUUGCAUUGUUUUAAGCAGUUUAAUAUCAUUUUGCCAUGCUUUAUGCAAUGUAAAAAGUGUGUUUUCUUUCCAUGGAUAAGAGAGAAAGAGAAAGAGAAAACGUUCAAGAGACGUCUACAAAUAUCUGCAGACCACGCAGUGAUACAACAAACCUGUUUAUCAGAGGGGUGGGUGGAGCUUGGGUUGUGAAUGCAGUGACGAAGCAGCAGAGAAACUUCAGAAUGGAGUGAAGUAAAGGCAUGCUACUGGUAGAGUCACCUUGCAGAGGAGAUUAUGUCAAAAAACAAUUAAGCCAGAGAAGCUCCAAAGUUCAGUGGAUAUUAGCCAAUGUAGAUUUCAUCUUCUCUUUUAUGUAAAAAGAGUCAAAGUUUGGGAUGUGUGGAACUUUGGGCUGCAUGAGCAGAUGACAGCUGCCAACAAUUUAUCUCUUCUCAGCAUGAGAAAGCACCAAAGAAUGAGGAAAUGUAGAGUACAGAUAAGGACAACCACAUUCCUAUUUGAAUGGCACUAAGACAAGUUGGCUCGUGAUCAUGAAAAUAACAGGUGUACAUGUUCAGCUUUACAAGUGCAAGAGACUCAGCAUAUUCUAUCAAACAUGAUGUCAGAUCUCCUAUUUUUCUAUCAAUCUCUAUUUUUGUACAGUUUGUGUUUGACCGAUGUAGCAGGCAGAGUCAAAGCUGUGUCAUUGAGUCUAUUUUGUGGUGUGUGUGAAUCUGUGUUAUUUUGGCUGAUGAAGAGCAGUGCAGGUGGACGACAUGGUGGCUAUGCUGGGAUGCAGAUUUAACUUGUGUUCACUUUGUGUGUGCUCUGAGCUGUUUCAUAUGGGUUUCUGUUGCUCUAAAGAGAUUUGUUUCACUGUUCUUCAUGUGUUUUUAACUGCCGUCCUGAUUGGACACGAAAGUAAUGAUCUGCUAAUUGUGUUCAAGUUGACCAACUUGAGAAUUAAAAGCAAAAAAAGACCAUCAUA